UGGUAUUUGUCCCGCCCACACCCGCCGGCCCAGUUCCGCUUCCGGUUAGCAGGGCGGUGGACUCCGGAGAGUGGUUACUGUGGUGGUCGCGAUGGGAAAGUCAGAUUUUCUUACUCCCAAGGCUAUUGCCAACAGGAUUAAAUCCAAGGGACUUCAGAAGCUGCGCUGGUAUUGCCAGAUGUGUCAGAAGCAGUGCCGGGACGAGAAUGGCUUUAAGUGUCAUUGUAUGUCCGAAUCUCAUCAGAGGCAACUCUUGCUGGCUUCAGAAAAUCCUCAGCAGUUUAUGGAUUAUUUUUCAGAGGAAUUCCGAAACGACUUUCUAGAACUUCUCAGGAGACGUUUUGGCACUAAGAGAGUCCAUAACAACAUCGUGUACAAUGAGUACAUCAGCCACCGAGAGCACAUCCAUAUGAACGCCACCCAGUGGGAGACUCUGACCGACUUCACCAAGUGGCUGGGCAGAGAAGGCCUGUGCAAAGUGGACGAGACACCAAAAGGGUGGUACAUUCAGUACAUAGACCGGGACCCAGAGACGAUCCGUCGGCAGCUGGAGCUGGAGAGAAAGAAGAAACAAGAUCUUGAUGAUGAAGAAAAAACUGCCAAAUUUAUUAAAGAGCAAGUGAGAAGAGGUCUGGAAGGGAAGGAACAGGAGGUCCCUGUGUUCACGGAAUUAAGCAGAGAAAAUGAUGAAGAGAAAGUUACAUUUAAUUUGAAUAAGGGAGCAUGCAGUUCCUCAGGAGGGGCCUCUUCAAAGUCAAGUUCUUUGGGCCCGAGCGCACUGAAGACGGUAGGGAGUGCAGCAUCGGUGAAACGGAAGGAAUCCUCCCAGAGCUCAGCUCCGUCCAAAGAAAAGAAGAAGAAGAAAUCUGCACUGGACGAGAUCAUGGAGAUUGAAGAGGAGAAAAAAAGAACUGCCCGGACAGAUUACUGGCUGCAGCCCGAAAUCGUCGUAAAAAUUAUAACCAAAAAGCUGGGUGAGAAAUAUCAUAAGAAGAAGGGUGUUGUUAAGGAAGUAAUUGACAAAUAUACAGCUGUUGUAAAGAUGAUUGAUUCUGGAGACAAGCUGAAACUUGACCAGACUCACUUAGAGACAGUAAUUCCAGCACCAGGAAAAAGAAUUCUAGUGCUAAAUGGAGGCUACAGAGGGAAUGAAGGUACCCUAGAGUCCAUCAACGAGAAGACUUUUUCAGCUACUAUAGUCAUUGAAACCGGCCCUUUAAAAGGACGCAGAGUUGAAGGAAUUCAAUAUGAAGACAUUUCUAAACUUGCCUGAGUUUGAAAAUUUGUCAACGACACAUUAAAAUCUUAAAGCAUCAAAUUGGUGUUCACCAUGGCAUUAUGAGACUCUACUGUGUUAGGGUAUUUCUUCUGUAUAAAAGAAAUAGAGUUUUAAAAAUAUUGUAUAGUUGUUUAGCUAAACUUAUAGACAAAUAUAAUAAUGUGUCCUGAAGUAUCAAAACUAUGUAAUUUUCCCCAUUAUUUUUGUUUCCUUUGUAAUAUUUAAUGAUUUUUUUAUCUACAUUAAAGAAUGUUAUUGUAAAG